AUGGACUCCGAUGAGGAGCGACACCUUACGCCGGGACAAAGCAAGCAGUUUGGCCUGUUGCGCUCGGAUCUCUCCGCUGCUCUUGCGGCCUUCGAUCGGGCGCAAGAUUGGGCUGAUCUCAUUCAUGACCUCCAAAGGGUGAAUCGCGUGCUCAACAAGCAUUCCAGUUCCCGUUUUCUACCCGAAAAGGCCUUACUUGCGAAGAGGCUGGCGCAAUGCCUCACCUCAUUCCUUCCAUCUGGCGUCCAUCUCAAAGCCUUGGAAACGUAUCACAUUGUCUUUAGUCGCAUCGGCCCAGCUCGUCUAGCUUAUGACCUCCCACUUUACGCUGGCGGUCUCUUUCCCCUAUUCUCGUAUUGCUCUACUUCAUUGAAGGUACCGCUCCUAUCACUUUAUGAGACUCAUUUCCUGCCUCUCGGCGCCGCGCUUAUUCCAAUCCUGGAUGGCUUCGUCUUGGCGGUCUUGCCUGGUGUGGAAGAAGAAAGCUCCGAAUUUUACGUUCGCUCGCGAAACCUACUGGACAACCUUGGAGAGGCUGUGCAUGACGUAGGCGCCUUCGCGCGCUCUCUCUGGCGGGCUUUGCUACUCUGCCCGCCCACGCGUCUCUCCGCAGCCCAUUAUCUCGGCCUAAGGCUCUCUUCCGACGAUGAACAUCUGCGUAUGGAAGUCGUCAGUGACAUGCCGCUUGUCGCCUACGCAAUUACGGAGGCGCUGUCAGAUAGUAACGCACUAGCGCAGCGUAGCGUUCUCGACUUGCUUCUUGGCGAGUUGGCUCUAGAUUCGCCCUUCUUUCAGUCAUCUAAGGCAGAGGAGCAUGAGGCAGCGGUUGCGCUUGUUGGAGGUGUGUUCGGCGCAUUGAUGAGACGUGACAUGAGCUUAACAAAACGCGUUCAUGCCUGGUUGCUCGGAGGGAAGGAGGGGGAGGAUGGUAUUGCGUUUUGCAAAGAGUUCUCGAACAAGUUAGUGCUUGCGUCAAUCGACCGGGAGUUCACGCUACUGCUACACGGCCUCGACGGAAAAAAUGCAAAAUUCGCGACCCGCCCUUGCCGCAUUGCGGCAGCUCUUAUGGACAGGACGGAGCUGUCGGAGUGCCUUGGGCAUCACUUUGCUCUUCGACUGUUGAAGUAUGGUAGGGCAGCGGCAGUCAGAGAUGACCACAAGCAUGAGAGGGAUAUACGAAAUGCGAUCUCGGAUUUCUUGAAGGACUUGGGCAGCGCAGUAGUUUUUGCAGAACUGGAAAGGAUGCUGGCGAAUGAAGCUCAGAAAGGUCAAGAAGAUUUUGAACUGCUUACUUUCGCGCUUUCCUUGUUUCCUACAACAAACGAUGUUGUCCAGAAGAAGCAUAUACCUGCUAUUUUACUAGUGGUGGUUCAAUCCCUGAACGCAGUUUCCACAGAUUCCAUGACGCUGGAGAAAGCGGUCGCGUUCUGCAGCACGGCAAUCAAAUCACUGGGUCUCUCGAGAAUGACCCGUAUCGAGAAAUCUGUGAUUGCAGAUGUCAAAGCCGCUGUUUCGUCCUUUGCUUCUUUCUUUGUUGCAUGGCUAGCACAUGCUGUAGAACCGGCCCCAGUGGAACUGAGACGGGCUUAUGAAGAUGUAUCGAUAGCGGAUGAGCAUGCUGCUGAAUUGCGAAUGGCGUCUGUUUGCGAAACCCGCCACCAGUACAUUAGCGUGGCCAAAGGAGCAUGCUCUUUUUUUGUAAGUGCGGCGUCAUUUGGGGUUAAUGAUGCAGAGACACUGCGGUCCUCCCUGCAGGCCCUUGCGAAAUGUGCUAGCGCUGCUGAUGUUUGUAUUUCCCUUGCUGGGUCCAGAGCAUUUGUUGAGGUAUCCGCGAGAGCAUCGCAUCACAUCCCAGCGACACUGGGAAAUGAUGAACAAGCCCUUGGUGUCAUCCGGAGGUGUUGGCGUCAGAUGCACCCUUCAUUGCGAACGGCAACUGCCCAAAGUGCGCAAGCAUUGCUCGGAUUGCAGCGUCGUUUUCCUGAGGAGACGAAAAUCGUCGUUGCUGACGGAAUCCUUUCAACGGAUUCGUCUCGAAGACUUCGCAAUUUGGAGCGUUUCGCCUGCCUUUGGCGCUUAUCUGUGGAACACAGACUCAUGCCUCUUCCAGCGGACGAUGGACUUUUCUUAAUGCUGGACGCCCUUACAGAUGAAGAUUGGGCGCCGAAAAUGUUGGCGCGUUCUUGGUUAUCUGACGCCGUGGAAGUGGAUUCUGCGUCUGUCCUUGAUGCGCCACUACGGCUUUUGUUGACCCCAGAGUCAAGAAGUACCGGGACGCAGCACGAAUUCGCAGCGGCAUACGAUGCUCCACGUGCGCUUUACGGGUUUCAAGUGAUGCGGGGAAUAUUAGAAAGCUGCACCUCCAUUGUGGGGUCUAGUCGUGAACAAGAACAGGCAUUGAAUUUAAGUUCGCAACUUUCUACGAGGAAGAGAAAGCGAGGGCGUACAGGUAUACGGGCCGUUGCAACAACACACGUAUCGGCGCGGACACACCAAGGGCUAGCUGCCGUGUUUGCUCUCGAUCGAAAGGCAAGGGGGGUUACAGAGAGAGACUCGGUUCAUCCAAUUGCCGUUUCGGAUGUAGAGGGACACGUGAGAUUAAAUCAGCUUCUCCCUGCUGAAAAUUACAUUAUCGGUAUCGCCGUAACUUGUCUCGGAUAUCUUCGGGGAAGAGUUCCCCCCAAGUUUGCGUCCGUUCAAAGAACAUCAACAGAAAGGGCCCAGUCCAGUGAGCCAGCUUUGGGAGCAGAAGGAUCUGCUUCAGAUAUUGCUGAUGACGAGUUUGAAUGGCUAAUGGCUGGACUAGGGUAUAAGUCACUCAAAGAGCUUCAUGUGGGAGUUUCCGCUGCGGCAGCCGAGUGUCUGGCCACAUUGCUUCGUGCCAUUCCGGUAUCCACUCAACUGAGUUCUAUGAUCUCUAGCGUACUUGCUGAACCAAUCUUGUCGUUGGUAACGUACAACAUUGGCAAUGUCGACCCUGUCCUUCAGUUGCACUUCCUCAAUGCAAUUACCUUUUUGGUGGCAGCGGACGGCCCUUGCUAUUUAUCAUCAGUACAAGGGAAGGAUGCCUUUUCAAAAUCUGAUGGAGGAGUACGGUUAUCCUACUCGGAAAGCCAGAACCAGCUUCCUAGUGUUAAACCACAAGAUGCUUCAAGAAGAGGAUUACAAGUCGGUGCGGCUGAAACUUUGAAGCACUUCGUUCCGUGGCUACUGGAAGGCGUAUCUCUCACGUACCGAACGGCAUCGAUAGAACACGAUGGCGGAUCUCAUGAGAUCUUGGGAGUGCGACGAAGGUGGAUUCAUUUCCUGGAAAUGGUCAUGCGCCACAUCGGCAUAACUUUGCCUGUGGUGACGGAAGGACUACUGUGUAUCUUGGAUGAGUUUGUUAGUGCUCAAAAUAGGAAAGUGGCAUCAGAUGUGCACCGUAGCGACAGUGAGUUUUCUCGAGUCGAUGAAAUUCUUGUUCUGCUAGAAGGAAUUGGAAUAGUUACGUCAAAUGUGUUGUGGUCUUUUGAGUACGCUCUUGUUAACAGGGAACUGAAAGAAGAUAUUAGAUCGAAUUCCGCAAUGCUUGAUGCAUCAUUGAGGACUGCGGCUGGACCAGUUUUGAAAGAUGCAAUCGUCAUAGCCAAUUCAAGUGACAGGUUGGCCAUCACUGAUGACACAGAACGAAAAUCUGUUUCCGUUCAAUCACAAAACGGGGACCCAAACACGCUCCCUACGCAUGAAACACCACGCAACGUUGGCACGGCGACAGCUUCCAUGAUUAACGCCAUAAACCCAUUGCGUAUGAUCAAUGAUUUCGUGAAAGAUGUGCUCAGCGGAGCGGGUUCAGAGGGAUCUCAUCACAUGCUCGACCCUCGGCGAUCUGGUGCUCGCAUUCUGUUUUGUCUUCUGCCUAGAGUUCUGGAAAAUUUGGCAAUUGUAUGGGGACCUGUUGCUGACCCACACCUAAACCGAGAUACUCCAGACGUGAUGUCACCGCGAUCGAGGGACACAGCUCCACCGCGCUUGUCGAUGGAGCUCCCGCGGGAGCGACGGCAAGCUCAAAGAGCAUCCAUUUUAUCAAUAUUGGAGCCAAUCUUCGAGCUUCGGCCGACGGAUGUCAUCGCGUCAAUAGUAGCUCUGUUCAGCCAAGACCAGACGGAUUUCGGUAUACUUCCGCAACGAGACACCGGAAGCUGUUCAUCAGUGAUGGCAUGCCAAGUGCUGCAUGCCAUCGACGAUGCUUCGGUGGAUGCCGUGAUACAUUCGGUCAAGGGUAUUUUCGAACGAGCAGCAAAGUGGGAUGCCAGCUCGUCUGAUGCCCAAGGAGGCAAAAGACAAGCCACUUUUCGAGAAAAGGCCCGUCAGACUCUCCGCCAUUUCGUAGAGAGUGGCGAUCAUAGAAUAAGCGAUGAGGAUAUUAGGGAGAUUGGUCGGUUAUCUCCUGUCGAGAUUGGUUCUUCGCUUCCGGGAGGGUCGGAUGGACUUGAACUGGAGGAUGGCUUGUUUCGUAGCUCCGGCGCCACCGCAUUCGGACACCAAGACCUGUUCCACUGGGGUGACUAUUUCGCUGUAUAUUCUCCCAGAAGGAUUGAAACUGCAUGCCUUAACUUUCUAGAUGUAUUCUUCGCAACUCGCCGGGAUGUUGAGGAACUGCAAAAUGCUUUUUCGACGACUCACGCAUUCCUGAAAGAAGCACUUUCUGGUGCGAAGCGGAAAGCGACACCCCUUGCAGUUUUACGAGUAUUAGGCGGUUUCAUUUCUCGAUGCCCGUCCCCGUUUCCGGAUCGCAAAGCAAGGAAAGAUGUUAUGAAUCUAGCUGCAUUGGCUGUCUCAGCCUGCAGCUCCAUUGCCUCAGGAGGCGCAGACCCGCACAGUGAUGAGCUUCAUGGCCGGCCGAAGGACUUAUUCAAGAAGGAGUUAUCUGUUGUCGCCCUAAAAACUUUGGCCACGACAGUGCCAAGCUUGGUGGACUCGAGUUUUCUUGAGGACAAGCCACAGCUAUCCAGCACUAUUACAGCAAGCCUGUCGCCCGCUGUAUCGGCUCUCAAAAAGAAUGCCUCGCGAGCAUCCUCCGUUCACAGUGCAGCAGAUAAUUCGAGAAGGAGUCGUAGUUCCAUUCGUGAGCCAUCCCCGCGACGUCGCGCUGAAAACACUCUGGAGACUAUGGCUUCAAGUGCAGCCACAGAAGUUAUACUUAGUGUAAGCAACCGAGAUUGGGGUGUUAAGUUUGCUCGUCGAGAGCUUUUAGCGCUGCUGGAAGAUACAAACUUCUUCUUUGGGAAGCAGGGGGGUGUUCUAGAAAAAACGUCUGCCAUCGUGCGUGAAGUUGUGGCUGGUGGAGGUGCAUCUGCGCUGUUUUCCUCAAUUGGGUUAUCUUCGAUGAACGGAGCUCCAGGAAUUCCAAGUUUGUUUUCUGGACGCGACUCCGAGACUGUGCUUCGAGGCAGGGCGAUACGAAGGAUUGCCUACUGCGUAUUUGUCUCCGAACCUGACUUCUAUUCGCCACAGUUGCCGUCAGUGCUAGAGAGGCUGCGCGACGCUCUUCGUAUGACAGAUUCCGGAUUAGUUGUGGAAUGCCUGCUAUGUCUACGAGUGUUAUUGCUGCGGAUUGGACCAUCAGCAAUAACGGCUUUUCGAGCUACGACCCUCCAAUCUGCACGCUACUAUUGCGGCUCUUAA